UGAAAUGCAUGAAAAGUCUCGCUGGAGAUGUGGAAAUCAGCAUCCAUAGCACGGAAAGAAGGCAAGAGUUGAGAGUUACCCCGAAAUCCCGGCGAGCAAACCAUCAUUGGCUACAAAAAGGAUUUUUAAGCCCCGAGGAUUCCGAAUGCCACGUCUCCCCGAACAGGAAGUGUACCGCGUGCGUCUUCAGUUCCAGCUGGAGCAGGUGGUGGUCUCCGGCGGACGCGGCAGGAUGUGGACGGCCGUCGUGGAGGGCGUGUGCCGCGACUUCCUGCAGCAGCUUCAAAUUCUCUCAGACUGCGAGUACGACGCCUGCGAGCCGUCGGAUCAGAGCUUCCCGCGGCAGGCGACUUCCUUCCAGGAACACGUCUCCCACCUGGAAGCGCGCCUGGUUUCCAUCCUGAGAGGAACGCUGGACGAAUGCUGCCUGCCUUCCGCCGCCGUAAAAGUGGUCAACAUGUUCGGGCCGCUUCUGCAGCGUCCCGCCAUCCGGGACCAGCUGCGGCCUCAGCUGUCCAGGUUGGUGGAACUGGUCCUGAAGGAGCUGGACCAAGUACGGGCGCUGGUCAAGAGUAAGAGCAAGAAAGACGUGUCGUCCAAGUUCAGGACGUCGCCGGCCGUCACCCUUCGGUGGACGCAACAACUCAUGUUGAGGGCUCACAAUGUCCUGCACAACUUCCAGACCGUCCAGCACCUGUGUCCCGAGUCGAGCGAGGCGGUGCGGCACAAGUUCCAGAAGAUCGCCGACCUGCUGCUGGACAUCAGGAGCUCGGUGCGUCAGGAAUGGAGCCGCCAGCUGGACCGAGACGCCGCCGCCGUCCUCCAACUUCCUCUCAUCCAGCAGCAGCAAAGCCUGCUGGGAAUUCCCUGCGGCCAGAAGCUGGAGGCGCUGCUGAGCGAUCUCAAGCAAGCCGGUUGGGAGAAGGAUCUGGAGCUCCGCCCCCAGGCCGCCGACAUCCUGAAGUGCAGACGUGACAUCGGCAAAAGCUACCUGAGCCUCACCAACAUCGUGGCCUCCUACAACGAGGUUGUGGGCGGAGCUCUGCCGGUGGAGCUUCCUCUCAUCCGGGACGGCCUGGAAGAGCAGAGGGGGAGCCUGUUGGAGCUGCGAAACGACACCUGGACCAGUCAAGGUCACGUGACGCGUCGGGGAUUUGGACAGAGCCCACCUCGUCGCUCCCUAAAAGCGAAACAGCCACCGUGUUCGGAAUCUUUCGUCAUUCCCGACGCCUCGAGAUACGAGUUGAAUAGGUCACGUGAGCGUGCUGGCAUACAUGAGAUGAUAGAGAAGAAGAGGCGGAGCUUGGACGUCUUCUUCGCCUCAGUUAACGAAGCGCGGGCCAACAUGGACACCAUGCACGCGAUCACGCAGAGCUGGGCGGGCCUUCCGCUGCUUCAUCGCUCGGGCCACUUCCUGGAGAGGGGCGGAGCCACGGAGGAGAGCUACACCCGCGUGCGCGAAGAUGGCGAACAGGUCGUACGUCUGACGGCGGACAACUCGGUCCUGUACGGCGUGCGGGACCAGUCGUCGCCCGUGUGGCUGGUCUACCUGGACCACGUGGACCAAAUGGUGCAGGACGGCGUGCUCCAGAUGCUCCUGCAUUCGCUCAACUUCCUGUCGCAGAACAUGACGCCCACGAGCUUCGGGGGGGCCUUGCUGCAGGUGUCGCUCCAGCUGCAGCUGACGGGAAGCGUCUUUGACCCUUCUCUGACGUCGGACCUGACCGAGGUCCUGAAGUCGUUCAUCGCCGACAUCCACGCGGCUGCCGCUCUGCCCCCCAGGGUCUCCGCCGCUCGCCGGGGCAACUACCAGGAGGCGCUACGGGAAGACGCCGAGCUGACGGCGUUGGAAAAGGAAGUGAUGCUGCGCCUGCAGGAGGCCAACGAGGAGGCGGAGCGCCUGAGAGCCGACCUGGACCGCUUCUCGCCGCUGUGGCAGAGUCACAAACGCAGCGUCAUGGACGACUUCCUCAAGUACGGCCGACACCUGGAUGAGGGCGAGGAGGACGUGGACGAGGCCCCGCCCAAGCUGGCCGACUUUCAGAGAGAGGUCUCGCAUCCACGCCCUCCAGAAGCAGCUGAGGGAGGUGAACGAGCUGGAGGACUACUACCUGGUCCACGGCUGGCUGCAGGUCGACCUCCAACCUUUCAAGGACGCCCUGCGCCUCUUCAUCAACAACUGGAUCAGCUUGUACACGCAGCAUCUGCUCAAGCUCGUCAGGCAAAGCAUGUCGCGGCGCAGCGUCGACGACGACGACGACGAAGCGGAGAAAUCGUCGGCUCGCCAUUUCCCUCUGACGGAAACCAUCAUGCUGCUGGAGACGGUCAACGUGGAAGUUCCCGAGCUCACCACGCUGCUGCAGACGGGCGGCCAUCUCGUGGCAGACACCGAAGUCAAAGAGGCACAAAGAAGAUGAAGACCGCCGCCGAGAACGCGUCUAGCGGCGGUAGACGCCGAAGGUCAGCAGGCUGAGGAAGACGGUGACGCCGAGCAGCGAGG